AAUACUUUAUCACAAAUAUAAAGUACACAAUUAAAAGCAUAGUGCCUUGGAUUUAAGUGUUUUUGUUUAAAGAAAUCACUAUUUUCCAAACAUGGAGAAUUUCUAAAUAACGAAAACUUUAUUUCUUGCCAACUAUUACUUUUCAGUUAUCAAGAAUAAACGAAAUAAUUAUAAACAAAAAAAAAUGGAUCACAACUUUAUUUUGUGGGAACAAAGCGAUGAACCCAAUUAUGACGAAAUAAUUGAGAACGAAAAUGACAUCGAGGAAUUAAAUGAUAUAAUGGAAGAACAAGUUGAAGGGUAUGAAGAAGUGAAUAUGUUAGAAGAGACAUCGGAGACCGAUGAAGCUUAUUAUAUCGAUGAAGGGAUGAUUUCAGUUCCACAAGAAAAUUUAAUUUAUCUUGACGACAGCAUUGUUAAUGGAACAUCUCGAAUUGGGGUUGGUAUGAGUCACUUGAUUGAACAGAGAGUUGAGGAAGCGGAAAAUAAAAUCAUUGGUGAUCAGGACGAUCAAGAAUACACAGCAACAGUCGAGGAAGUAAUCACCGAAGAAUGGCCACUGGAAGGCGAAGACAUGGUUCAAGUUGCGAUGGAACAAGUUGUCACUUCUGAUAAUUUUCAAGAAGACGACAUUGAGACUGUCCCAUUGCAUACUGAUCAAGAUGAGUACACGACAUCAAGACCAUAUCCUUGUGAUUUUUGCAGUCGACGCUUUCGUAAAAAAGCAAAUCUCAUGAAUCAUAUGGUGGCACAUCAGAAUGUUCGUCCACACAUGUGUAAUCUAUGUGGAUCACGUUACGUUCGAAAAUGUGAUCUUAUAAAUCAUUUAAAAAUUCAUGCGUACAAUAUCGAAGACGAAUCAUCAGGACCAAGUACAGGUGGCAAGAAGAAACCACCAAAAUUCGAUGAACUUAAUUUUCUUGAUGAAAGUUUCGAUGAUCUUCCCGACGACAAUGACUUUGAUUAUAAUCAUUAUUCAAAACCAACAUCAACAACUGUUCAAAUGCAGCAAUCAAAAGCAUCAAAAAUGAGUGCAAAAAAGAAAGUAGGAAAGAAAACGACGACAAAUAAAUCAACAGCAAUGAAGUUUGAGAAGUUGUCGAAGAAGAAAGAACUUUCAAAGGAAGUUAAUAUAACAAUUGAAGACAUUGAAAACAAUAAAAUUGAGCAGCAGGAUAAUAUGCAACAACAGUUAUGUAAUGAAUAUGUUGAGAAAUAUCCUAUUACAGAUCCAAGAAAGCCAUUUGUAUGUCAACACUGCGGUGUUGCAUUUACAAGAGAAAAAGCACUCGAGUCACAUACAAAACUUCAUGCAACGCAAGAGUCAACAUUUGAUUGUGAAGUUUGUGAUGAAGAAGGUAAUCGACCAUUAACAACAGAUGGAACAUCUCUCGGUUGCAAUGUUUGUGGUGAAAGUUUUACUGAAGCACUUGAUCUUCUUGCUCAUGCUGAAAUUCAUGCACGCUUUCAACCGUUUAAAUGUCAAUUGUGUGGUGAUACAUUCUUUGAAGAAAACAAAAUUAAAAUUCAUUUAAUGGAUAAUCAUCAGAAUGAAUUAACAGAAUCAUCUUGUCGUUUAUGUGGAAAACAAUGUCGCGAUCAACGUUCACUUAUCAAACAUUCGUGGGAACACUCAAGAGAAAAAAAUCAUCCUUGUUCGAAAUGUGGCAAAACGUUUCAUAACAAAGCAAGAUUAAAGCGCCACAUCUCAAGCCAUCGUAAUAAAAGUGUUAUUUGUGAGAUUUGUCAUGAAGAGUUUCCCGAUGGACGUCAGCUGAUGAAUCAUCGACACUCGCAUACAAAAGCUAAUCAAUUUCCCUGUCAUGAAUGUGGAAAAACGUUUGGGUCGCGAAGUUCACAACAAAUUCAUAUUCGAAUUCACACGGGUGAACGUCCAUAUGGAUGUCGAUUUUGUUGGAAAGCAUUCGCUGAUGGUGGCACAUUACGUAAACAUGAAAGAAUUCAUACAGGAGAAAAACCGUAUUGCUGUCUUGUAUGUCCUCGUGCAUUUAACCAGCGUGUUGUGUUGAGAGAACAUAUUCGUUCACAUCAUUCAGCACCCGAUCCAGUUAAUGGAACAACUCUUACACCUUACUUUUGUUCAUUGUGCGGUGAUUUGUUUGCUGUUUCAUUGGAUUUGAUUCAUCAUUUGAUCGAGCACAGUGAUCGAAGCACAGCAGCUAAGAGAGUUCAACCAGCUGGUCCGAGAAAAUACAAGAGAAGGAGAAAGUUGAAUGGUGAUAGUGACAAUAGUGAGAAUGUCACGAAUGUUGAAUCGAAAAUGAAUUUUCAACGUCCGUUGAAGAACACAAUUACAAAGCAAACAAAUGAAAGUGAUUUGAAGAAUAAUUUGUUAUCAGCUUUUCCAAUUUCGAAAGAUGUCAACAAGUUUGAUGAGUUCAAGUUGCCAGAUGAAAUUUUUCAAGCUGUUGGACAGAAAAUUCCUUCGACAAUUGGAAAGAAAGACGUGGGCGGUAUGAAGCAAAACUUAAGAGCAUCAACUUCUGCAGGUUCAAGACCAAGAAUGAUUUACACACAAAAGACAAAACUUACUGCAACUGACGGGAAGCGAAAGAAGAAAGGAAUGAUUCAAAAACAGGUUUUACAACCGAAAAUGAAACCAAUUCGCGCAAGUCGUCAAGUAAAACAAGAAAAAUUGGACGAAGAAACAUUCGAACAUGAUGAAUCGAGUGAAACUUGGUCGAAUGAUGAUCCAAAUGAAGACGUUCUCGAUACUUUGCUUAAGAGAGAAAGAAAAUUAUCGGAAAAGUUCACAAUUGAUUUAGUCAACGAUUUGCAAGAAAUUUUAAGAUCGCCACUGAAAUUAAGUGAAGACAAGCAUCAGUCAAUGGUUGAAGAAGAUGAAGACAAAACAUUCGCAACUAAUCGAAGAUCAUGUCGUCAAGUGAAGUCUCGUUAUGGGUCAGCAGUACGGAAGCAUCCGAUGAAAAAUACAAACAAAAGGAGAAUUUCGUCGCCAUCUGAGACGUCAGAGGAUGAAAAUGACGAUGACAUGGAAAAAUAUUUCAUCAAGCAAGAAUUACCAGACGAAAGCAUUUCUUGUGGCAUUUGCGGGGAUUCAUUCAUGACACAAACUCAACUCCUUAACCAUGUAUCGAUUCAUAUAUAGAUUUAAAUAAGUACCGAUUCAAAAAUAGUCUUUUGAGUUUAUUUUUUUUGAUUUCCUUUAACUAUUAAAAUACUUUAAGAACUUUCUUUUCAACUUCUCUUUUGCAUUCGUAAACGAUUCAAUUUUAUUGUUUAGUCAACGAUUCAAUUUUUUUUUCUUUUCAUUGUUAUCACGAGAUUAGUUCAAAUUAAUUGAAAUUCUUCUUAUUUCUUUUCGCUACAUUGAUCUAGAUACUUUAACAUAAUGAAUUUUUGUAAUGGUUAUUUUGAAAUGAAUCAAAACUAUUCAAGUAAAUAUUAAAUUUUCUCUUUGUCAGCCUUUUCCUUUUUUAAAUAAAAGUUAAAUAUAAAACAUUACCUACAUUUAAAUAAUUUUGUUGUUAAAUGAGGAUGUGUUAAAUCUCUUCAAUUAUAAUGAAAAAAUAAAAUUCUACUUCUAAUGCUUUAAAA